GUUUAACUGAAGCUUUGAGGGCCAACUUAUUUUUUUCACAAAUGUAAGUCGUUUAACAGACAAAGCUUUGGUAGUAAAAUGCAGCGAAAGAACAACUUUAAAAGUGUGCUGCUCAUAUUUCUGAUGAUAUUUGGUAUAUUUUGGAAACACUGUGACUCACAGGUGAACAGAGAAGAAGCCAACACGCUUCCAGAUGAUCAGGGGGGUGACAACGGCGCGUUCUUCGCCCUGCGGAGCUGCCACCAGCUGCUGCAGGGCGACAGCGGCGCCUUUUUCUCCCCCGACUACCUUUGCUCCAACCCACCUCUGUGGUGCAACUGGACAAUCCAGGUGGAUCCUAGAAAGAGGAUCCAUCUCCACCUGGAGGACAUGACCCCAGAUGACACCUGCCACCUCAAACAGGACCAGGUCCACGUGGAUGAGCCCACUGGACGCUUUAGGGGUCACAAGGUCCUGCAGAAGUGCUGGCACGAGGCCAAGUACACCUCCUUCUCCAACACACUGCAUGUGGUGCUGCUGAUCGGCGGCUGGCCCAGCCCGCUCUACAGGGGCUUCUAUGGCCGCUACCAAGCGUUUGGGCCGCCGGUGCUUUACAAACCACAGGAAGGAUUCAAAGAGCAAAACAGGAAGUCAGAACCUCUUGGCCACAUGGACUUAAAUGAAUUUGACCCCGUUCUGAAUGGUGCUCCGUCACCUGCAAAUUCUGAUCUCAUGUAUGAGUAUUAUGAUCAGCCUUCAGCCGUGAUGCCUGAGCUGCCCUGGGAGCCAGAGGAGACCACAGACAGUGAGGUGGGUGAAAACCAUCAUCCAGCCUUGGAGAACCACAACGACGCCUACCAGUUCACAGCCGUGCCAACAGUGCCAGCACCCACACAGGGGACCUCUCGAUGGGAAAAACGUGCCGUUCAAACCCCUUCAGGCCAGUCAAACUCGACCGUCCAUCCUGAGUAUACACAACAGCAACAUGGCACUGAAAACCAGGAGCUCCAGCCCACCAGGAGCACCCAGACUGCAGAACAAAGCAAUGUUGAGGAAGCUUCAGUCCCAACAGAGGAAGCUGCUGUUCCAGAGGAUGAAGGCAGCAUACACAGCCUGUCGGAGGGGGAGAAGGCUGCCGAUGGUUCAGAACAAGCUGCAGAGGGUGAGAACAGGACGGAGGUCAGCGAGGGCGAACGAGAGGGCGCUGAGCAGACCCAUCCUCACCCCAAUAUGUUGGAGCCGCUGUCGGAACACAGAAGGAACCUCAACGUUAGAAAUCACUCUGAAAUUCCACAUCUUCCUGGCGAUCCCCUGUUUGAAGUGGCUGUUGAAGUGAAUCUGAGUGAGGAUUUGAAAGAGUCCUGGGACAACCUGGUCAGGUCACUGCUGCUGUCAGUAAAAUCUCUGAUCAGCAAGCAGCUGGAGGCUCUGCACACACCGCUGUCCAUGUCUUCUAAAAGAAUAAAAAGGCUGAGUGCUGGCGUGCUGUACAUCCUCUGGUUGCAGAUCGGACAGGGGCCUGGAGGUCCGCAUGUCCACAGGGCCGUCCACUCCGAGUUGCAGGGCCUCAUCUCCAGGGACAUCAGCGUCAGAGGAAACGACAAGCACGCUGUCAUCACCUCUGUGUCGACUGCAGAUGUAAACGAGUGUCAGACACACCUGGUGCUGUGUGACCUUAACGCAGACUGUGUGAACCGGUUUGGUUCGUACUCGUGCCGCUGCAGGCCGGGCUUCCAGGACAAAUCCCGCCAGGGAUCAGGAGGAACUGUGUGUGUUGAUGUGCACGCUGCAGGUUGCAGCUCAGGCCUGUCUGCUGAGAGUAAAGGCGUCUACGUGCUUUUCUUCCUGCUCAGCUCCCUCAUCCUGAUGCUGCUGGCGGCGGCCGCCUUGCUGUACCACCGUCACCACCGGGGGGCCUUCUUGGUUCGCUGCCACAGCGACUGCAGCAUGUCUCCUCCUGACCUCAACAACAACAACAACCACCAUCACGAUGACAUCUACUCCACCCCAGCUGACUCUGACCUGCCCCCUCCACCCCCACCUGUCCGGGGCUUUAGGGAGGACUGGCCCCAGAUUAAGGAGCGCCGCCCGGCCAUGGACCUCCCGCUGCUGCGCUUCAGCCCGCUGCUGCCGCCGGACGGGUACAGGGAGCCACAGGAGGGCGGGAAGAUGUGAACAGACGGUGGACUUUGGAGCUGUGGUGCUCCAGUCUCUUUUCAUUUAGUUUGUUUUUGUCUUAUACCGUUGUCCACUACUUGUAACCUGUUGAAUUAAAGUUACAACACAACAGCA